AUGAAAUUCCUCUUCUUGAUACUCGUCGUAGCGCCAGUGCUUGGGACGGAAUUCUACAAUCGUGAGCGGAGGCAGGCGCACGCACAGCAGCCGAAUUAUCAGGCUUACAACCAGGCGCCGGCCGCAAUUAAGCAGAUAUUGGCGGCGCAGCAGGCACGCGACCCGAUCGUUCAUCUUCCGCCGCAACCGGUGCCGAAUCUAUCACCAUCCAACCCCAUCCAGCCGCAACACCUGAAACAGGCCGACAUACCGAACGGCUAUCGGCCGCAAGUACAGAUAGGCCAGCCACCAGCACAGCCAACCUACAAGCAGAUCCCCGUGAGACCAGCUCAGUACAAUCCUCCAGCGGGUGCGCAACAACCGCAACAACAACAGUACAAUCCGCAGUACCGCACGAAUUACGCGCCGCAACUGCAACCGCAACAGCAAGCGGCGGCUGCCCAGCCGAAUUAUCAGUACUCGAAGAACCUGCCGCCGCAGCUCCAGCAGAUCCUGCAGCUCCAGCAGAACCUGGCCAACACGAUCCCGCAGGGCCAACAUCAGGGAUAAUCGGCGAGUCCGAUUAUACUGCGCAACUAAUACCGGUGUGUGUAUCAUGUAUCGGUGAUUGUCACCCUCGUGAGAUCAUCGAUCGUAGCGUUGUUCAUCUCAUCCAUCAUCGCACUGUCAUCAGAUUUCCGCGGUCAGGGUGAAUUAGAAAUGUAUCUCACGUGAUUCUCAUAAAAGGCGAGAGGUGUCAAUGACGCUAUUCGCUUUGCUAUGUUUUUUGUUUACUAAUGUGACUCGUAGGCUGAAUUAGGUCGAAUUGAAGCUAACAGUUGCAAGAACGGAAACCGAGUUGCUUGUAACACGUAAAAUCAAUUUGCGCGAAGUAGUCACAUAUCUCUGCGUCUUUCAUAUUAGCGACUCUUCUGAAUUCGUGUCACGCUUCCGUACUCAUUUCACACCAUUUCACAGUUGUCUCAUGUAAUUGCACCGGAUAUCUUCACGUCUUCAUCUAUAAAUCAUAGGAUCACGUAUUGUACGAGAAAUGUGGAUGGGGAAAAGAUUUCUAUGAAUAAAUCUCGUUCAAUUUCCU